CAACAUUGUACCCCAACAUUCACUGAAGUUUACCGUGUUAACAUCUACCUGGGCGCUGUCGAGAAGGUAGCCUCCAGAUAGAUGCACGUGAUGGCGACAAUGCCAUCAUUCCCUACACCGGUCCAAGUGGCCUGUGUCCUAGUGCUGCUGGUGUAUGUACAGCUAACAACACAAGCCACCCCUCCUCCUUGUAACCCUGGAGACAACCUCUAUGUCCCAGUCUUCACUGAUUCAGAGGUGCGCAAGACCAUUCCAGAAACAUUACCUACAGGCGCCAGCGUCGCAACACUGAGAGCUUCAGAUAACGACACUGUGUGUAACUUUGGAACACUGACAUACAACAUUACCGGCGAUGGAUCUGCAGUUACCUAUUUCCAAAUAGACCAGGACACAGGAACAGUUUCUGUGAGAACUAGCCUGACAAACACAUCCAUCAUGGACUUCACUGUUCGUAUUGAGGCACAAGAUGGCAGCUCCCCCCCAUGGAUUGCCACAGCAUUACUGUAUGUAAAGGUUACAAGAAACUUUGUAGGCCCAGUAUGGAGUUCUACAACUUAUGCGACCAGCAUCCCAGAGACAGCCCCAGUCCUUGAGAAUAUCCUGCGUGUCACAGCCACAGAUAGCGAUGCUCAGCCCCCCAACAAUGAAGUGUCCUAUGAGCUUGUAGGAGAUGCCUUUCAACUGUAUUACUUUGAGAUUGUCAGUUCCACUGGCGAUAUCCGCCCCAGGCGUCCGCUCACACUGGAUACAGCCAGAAGAAAUCGGUUUGAUUUUGUUGUGAACGCUCGAGAUAAUGGCAGCCCACGUCUCAGUGCUGCAUUCAAUGCCACUGUGACAAUAUCAGUGUACAGAAACAACAAUGCCCCUCGGUUCAUCCAGGAUCCCUACUCCAUUACAGUAAAUCAGGGCCUAGGCAGCGGCACGGUGAUCUCUGUCAGGGCAGUUGAUGCUGACCCUACUACUGAAUUCAACCAGAUCACAUAUUCCAUUGAGGGUCCAGCAAACGCUCUAGCUCUGUUUACAAUCGAUGGGUCAGGCAAUAUUCAGCCAACAAACCCUGCAGCUAUCAACAGUGCCUCUCAGACAAGUUAUAAGAUUUAUGUGCGAGCCGAGGACAGUGGCAGUCCCAGACUGUAUGACAUUGCCCUUGUUGAGCUCACCAUCAACCGGAAUCUGAACCCGCCAAUCUUCAACCCAGUGAGCUAUCAAAUGACCAUUCUGGAGACCAGGCCAAUUGGAGACGUUGUUGUCAGAGUGACAGCUACCGAUGCUGAUAACCAAAACCCAAACAAUGAGAUUACAUUUUCUGCCUUUGGAUCCGGCCUGGCCUUUUUCAAUGUCAACAGCCAGACAGGAGAAGUAACAGUUGUCAAUAACCUUGUCCAGGAUUCUACCCCAAGCUAUCAGCUGAUAAUCCAAGCUCAAGAUAAAGGUGCCAGCCCUCUGUCGUCAGCCCAGCCUGCAUCUGUCAUUAUCAUCGUUGUGAGGAACCAGGCCUCCCCAGUGUUUGUACAGACUCCUUACGACACAACUGUGUUGCGAACAGCAGGAGCCAACACACCAGUUGUCACUGUAACUGCUACUGAUGCCGACACAUGGAGUCCCUACAAUGAAGUCACAUAUGGUAUUGUCAGCAUGACUAUCAACAGAUUCCAAAUCAACCCAUCAACAGGGGAGAUAAUUCUCACACAAGCUAUUGCCUCAGAUUCUCAGGCUCAAUAUGGGGUAACAGUUUUCGCACAAGAUGGAGGAAACCCAAGGCGUUUGACCUACAACACAUUUACAGUGGGAGUUGAUCGUAACCUAAAUGCACCAUUCCUUAUAAAUCCCUCUGGACCAAACUUUGAAAAUUCCACCACAGUACUGGAAACUAUUGGAUUUGAUUACCUUAUCUAUGAUGUGGAUGCCUUUGAUGCAGAUUUAUCGGACCCAUACAGGUCCCUACGCUUCUCCAUCAUUGGAGAAAAUACUGCUCCAACCUACUUCCUGAUAAAUCGCGACAGUGGUGAGAUCCGUCUCAAGUCCUCUCUGCUUCAGGACACCCUCCAGACUCUCCAGUACAGACUGGUUAUAGCUGUAACAGAUGGUGGCGAUCCACCUAGGCCUGCCCCUACCACUGCCACCAUUACAGUUAAUGUCAUUCGCAAUCUGAAUACUCCACGCUGGGUCAGUGAGCCUUACAGUGCCACGAGUGAUGAGACAAUUGGUGCAAAUAUUAACAUUGUCAAUGUCCUGGCAGUUGAUGAUGACACGAAUGCAUUCAACCGUGUGAGCUAUGCAAUCAUCGGAGACGGCACUGCAUCAGCAUACUUCGACGUGACGCAAGGAGGUACUAUCAUCAGAAAGCAGUCACUGCAAAGUGUUUCUGACACUCGGUUCUAUUUGAGAGUUGUUGCCUCUGACAACGGUGUUCCUCCCAAGACCAACACAACUGUGGUGUCAAUCAUCAUCAAUCGCAACCUGAACACACCUACCUUCUCUCAGCUGUUGUUCACAACAGAGAUUGAUGAAACUACAGAAGUAGGCACGGCAGUUCUGAGGAUCUCGGCCACUGACCAAGAUUCCGUGGUAUGUGUAUUUACACACUCCGGCGCAGUGAUGCCUCAGCAUUACAUCACUGCCACAGGCUAA